UUAAUUCAUGAAGUUUUCAAGAUUGAUUGGCAGAAUCUUAUUAGCAUUUCUAUUCGUGAAUGCUGGAUUGUCUCAAUUAAAUAAUACCGAUCCCUUUGUUUAAUUUGUAAACGUUAGAUAUCCACACUUCAUUAAUUAUGUCCAAAAAUUGACAGGUCAUUCAUUGGAUUGCGCAGAAUUUUUAGUACUUAUAUACUUGAUUUUUAGAAACCCACAAACUUUAUUUAACAUACACCAUGCUUAAUUCAAACUAUAGGAGCUGCUUAAGUAUUGUUAGGAAUCGGAGUUGGAAUAGGCAUUCAAGGAGCAGGAUGCUUGUUGGCUUUGUUAAGUAUCAUCAUAACAGCAUUUGUACACAACCCCAUAAUUUAUUCAAAUUUUGUGUAAGUCUCAUAAUUAAUUGUAGAAAUGCAUAAGCUGAAUAUCUGAGCAUAGUUUUUAAUGUCGGAAUUAUUGGUGCAUUAUUUUUGGUUGGAAAAGGAAGAAAGAAUAAAGGAAAUUGUGGAGUUGGAUGUUGCGUAACCAAGCCAAAGGAUGUUAAGGCUGAAGUUAAAAAGGAGGAAAGGAAAGAGGAGAUUAAGGAGGCAAAUCCACAAUAAAAAGGUAAAAAAGGAAAAAAAUGAGUAUUUUAAAUAUAUAUCAAUUAAUAUUAUAUAUGGG